AGGAGAGAGGAGGACCAGCCCUGCCGAGACUUCCAAUCUCUAAUUGUGUGCGUGUGUGUGUGUGUGUGUGUGUGUGUGUGUGUGUGUGUGUGUGUGUGUGUGGUGUGUGUGUGUGUGUGUGUGUGUGUGUCACAGGCUCCGUGGGAAAGCUCCAGCAGAGACGGAGGAGGAGUAGGAGAACCCACCGGUGUCAAGUCCAGUCUGCAGCCGACACACGAGUCACCUGCCGCGGACUAUUCACCGGACACACACCGCUGGAUAAACAACUCCUGGAAGCUCCGGAGAAAAAGAUUUCACACUGAAAAAGUUUUUAAGAGAUCCUAUUCACCACUUUCCACUUUGUUGGAAGUAGUUUUUGACUCAUUUUUGGGAGGGAUCAUUCAUUUUUCACAAUUUUGCGAGAAGGAAGGAAACUAACCGGAAACUUUGUCAUCAUCUCUUGGAUUAAACACACGGAAACAUCUCUCUAAAUCUCCCUGUUUAAAUAAAAGUAUAAUAAAACCCAUUCGUGUUCCUCAAUAGAGCCUUUAUGGUGGUUUAAAAUAGUUUAAUUUGACACCAGGACUUCCGUAAAAUCCCUAAAAUAUCCCUGAUCAAUAGGCUGCUGAGUGACAGAUAUUUCAAUCUAAUUCACUCCUGUAGUGGCAUUUAUUUAUUUAUUAUUUAUUUAUUCAUUUUUUUUUUUUUAAUAUAUCACUGGGGAUAGAAAAAAGGUGUCUAUUUUUCAGUUCAGACGGGAAGAAACUUUUUUUUUUUUUUUGUUAAACUUUAAAUAAACCUCCACGCUCCCCGGGGAGAGGCAGACAUUCUCCCCGCCCUCCAUGCACCAUGAAGCGGCCGUGCGAGGACAGCAGCUCGGCAGAAAGUGACGCGGAGGAGACCAUCGAUGUGGGCAGAGAAAGCAUCUCUCCAGGAUACAUGAAGACGUCCUAUAUGGGAUGCGGAUCACCGACAACCACCACUCAAGUGAUGGCGAGGAAAAAGCGCAGAGGGAUUAUUGAGAAGAGACGCAGGGACAGAAUCAACAACAGUCUGUCAGAGUUACGGAGGCUCGUCCCAACGGCGUUCGAGAAGCAGGGCUCAGCUAAACUGGAGAAGGCCGAGAUUCUGCAGAUGACUGUGGACCACCUGAAGGUGCUGCAGGCCACUGGAGGGAAAGGUUAUUUUGACGCCCACGCUCUGGCGCUGGACUUCCUGUCUCUGGGUUUCCGGGAGUGUGUGACGGAGGUUUCCCGCUACCUGAGCGCUGCGGAGGGCCUGGACUCCAGCGACCCCCUGCGGUCCCGCCUCCUCUCCCACCUCGGCUCCUGCUCCUUGCAGCGCGACGCCCUCGCCAUCAGCUCCUACUCCCCACACCACCACCCCCACCACCACCACCUCACGCAGCAGCCUCACCCGUUAACUCACCCCUUCCACCCCCACCACUGGGCCGCUGCCGUCGCCACGGCGGCCGCCUUCCGGCCUCCGGCGUACGGACUGAGCGGGCUGUGCGUUUCUCCGGACUCCGCGGGAAGCGGAGCCCCCCAGAGGCUGACGGAGGCGUCCCGGCGCAGCGUGGCAUCCACCCACGCAGACUCCACCACCUCCUCCUCCUCCUCCGCUCACACCCCUCUCUCCGCCUCCCUCCUCUCUGCAUCGUUUCCCAUGGCCCUCCACGGAGGAUUCCCCAUGCUGCAUCCCGCCUCCUUCCACUCCUCCUCCACCGCCGCCACCACCAGUCCUCCCAUCUCUUCUUCUCCUUCCUCUUCGGCCCAGACUCCUCACAGCAGCAGCAAGCCCUACCGACCGUGGGGAACCGAGGUCGGAGCUUUCUGACCGUUGACUAACCCUCAAACUCUUUAAACAGCCUGAAAAAUACUUUUUUUUCUAUCACAAGCCAACUAAUUACUUAUAACCCUCACUUAAGGAAGUGGUUGUGUUACAGAAGAGGGUUAGGGACGGAUGUUAAAACUAAUAAAUUCAUGUAUUUCAGUUCCGAGGUCAAAGUCAUAAUUAGGGCUGCACGAUAUGAGGGAAAUAAGCGAUAAUUCACCACAUUGUCCCUCCCACGGCGUCAGAAAGCGACGCUCGGUCCGGUGCCUUUAGCGUUUGUUAUCAACGCAAAAAGUCUCCUUUAGCGUCACGUUUAGCUUGGUCGGGACUCUUGGCGUCACUUUUUGGCGCCCUACGUUUAUCUGACAUGUAGCACAAGAACGGGACAGUUAGGUUUAGGGAAAUAUGGUGGGUGGGGGGGGGGGGGGUUACAAAAUGUAUGUUUCAGUGACACGCGGGAAAAGAAUGGGACACAGUCCCCGGUCUCCUAGGUGGAAGUCCUGUGUUGUUUGACCCCCCCCCCCACCAACCAACCUCCUUACUCAGAUUUUUGGUCCUUCGUGCUACUCUCUACCGUUGUAGCGCUGCUGUGCCCGGUGCGUUUCCAUGCCAACACUGAAGGGUGAUUGUCUCUAUCUGACGCUGAGAGCCACGGACCAAGCGUUCGAAUAUCGCGAUAACGAUAUUACCUGCGAUAAAUAAACAGAUAAUAAAGUGUUCUCAGUUUAGAACAAAUACAGGAGCCUCGGUUUUGUUUCGACAUUUGGGGGCGCAUUAUAACUUUGGGGGCAUUCUGGUGAAUUUUAUAUGCAUCAAUGUCUCUAUUUAUGUGAAGGAAACGUAUAUUCUGAGUAUUGUUUUGUGUGUCCAACGUGUGUGUCUCAUGAACGAGUCCGUAUGAUAUCGUAAGAAAAUGUAUGCACGCCAAAACGAAUGAUAUCCUACGAAAUCAGGAAGUGUCACAUGACGCCGUCUGGCUAUGAGCUCCCCGACGCCGAGCAGCAGUUGCUAGUUGUUUAAGCCGCUACAGAGCUCCGUGACGCCGGCUACGGACCUCAGUCACAGCUCGGUCGUAUCAGCGACAGUUCGUAGAUGUGUUUUGCCCAAAAUAGGUGACUGUGAGCCGGGUACAGAGCACUGCGAGCUGCCACCCGUUUCAACGGAGAUUACGCUUAAACUUCUACUCAGCCAGUGUAAACACAACAACAUGGCUACCGUCAUUAUGAGAAGGCAAUGGACAUAGAUUGGACGUGUAAUACGUAGAGAGCAAGAAAACAUCACGCGAACUGCACUUCACUGGACAACAGAUGGAAAGCACCGAAGAAUACGUGGCGCGGGACGUUGGAGGGAGACCUGGAGACCCUACACCACACCUGGGGCUCUAUAAAGACACUGGCCAGAAACAGACAAGAGUGGAAAUCCUUUGUUGUUGCCCUAUAUGCCAACAGGCAUAAUGGGCAGUGAGUAAGUUAGGAAAAAAACUAACGUGGCUAGUGGAGAAUCUGAUUGGCUAGUAGCUUUAAAAAUCUAAAGGCCAUGUUGGCUGGUGAUUAAAGCCUUGCAAACAUGUAUUGAGCCCCCUGAACAGUUACCUCUUUUAGCGAGUGAAUUGACUUUCAUAUUUUCUUAACUGGGGGGGGGGGGGGGGGGGGCACAACAUGUCCACUGCAUCUCCCCUGAAAUCUACGCCUAUGAACAAACAAGCAAGAACCCUAAAACACUAAUCCUUUUGUAAAAAAAUAAGUAAAUCACUUAACGGUAGUAAAACCAAAGAGACUACAGCGAUGAACCAAAGUCUGCCUCUGAGAUAAUCAUUUCACGGAUGUGUAACUAGACUAACGUUUUAUAAAGAAACUUGUGUGCCACUCACCUGCAACACCAGCACAGUCUCACACAGGGCUGUGUGAUGAAGAUUAAAGGUGCCCUGCUACCUGUAUCUCAUGACUUUGUGGUCAUGUCUGAUGUUCUGUAAGCCAUUUCAAGCCAUUCUAGCGUGGUAUAGAAAGCCUGCAGGAAGCCUCAGCUCCAUUUGGGCCAGUUCUCAUUAAUAUUCAACCAGCUAAGCUGCUUGUAUCUGAUUGGCUAACAGCUAGCCAAUGAGAGCCUGGCUAUUGGCAUCUUUUACCCAGGAUAUAGUGAUGAGCUCUGGCAACAUGACAUCAGACUGACCAGCUGUUGUGAUUGGUCUGAUUUCUCCUCUUAUUUCAGUGGGUAGAGCUGACAGAGGAGGUAGCAGUUCAUUUUUCACAUUCACCACACACACACACACACACACCACACACACACACACACACACACACACACACACAUACAUACAUACAUACAUACACACACACACACACACACAUGUAUAUGGACCUCACAGAUUUCAAAACAUUCAAGGAAAAAUGGUUUUGUGUGGCAGGGCACCUUUAACAUCAUAACAACAACGUUAGGUUAAAGGUGCACUAUGAGUUCCUGCGUGGUCACUUCUGUUGACGUUUCAAGUAAAUUCAAAAUAUAACAGAGCAAGCUUGUCACCCCCACCCUCCAUAUUUCAGUGUAUUUAGGGGGCAGGCUGCUAGCGGAUCAAGGAGAGAUGCCUACGAUUUAAGAUAAAAAUGAAAUCUUGCUGAAACCAUGCAGGAAGUCAUAGUGCACCUUUAAGCUAAAACCUUUUCCACUUUUUUUUUCUCUUCUUAUCUGUGGUUUAUGUCGUGGUAUUCACCCUCACAACGUCCUCUGAUUCCGUGUGUGCCUUUUCAACAAAUAAAGAUGACGUAACAACA